AUGCUCUGUGUAUUGUAAAAAUUCGAUAUUUUCUGCAAUUGUUUCAAUUGCCCUGAAAAAGAAGACAGUGUCCGGGGAAAAGAGGAUGGAUGACACCCCUAGGCGCGUGGAAUAUUCGGCAGCGCGGGGGGAAGAGCCAGGCUGCAUCAAAGUUUGUUUUGAGAAAGAGGGACUGCAAUAAACCGUGCCUUAGAUAUUUAUCAAUAAGAUAUUUUAUUAGGAAGCGGCGCCAAUGCCAGCGAGGUUCCUUUUUCUAACAUUUUCUAAUGUUUUCGUCAAAGAAAACUCAAAACUUUAUCGUCUCGUCGGCGCCAGUUUUUUUUAUGGCACCAUUUUUUCUUUUGUCUUGGCACUCAGAGACUUUUCUCUGCGUGCUCAGGGAUCAUGUUUUUGGACCAUAUGACAUGACGUGAGACGGGAAAGAUACAAUCAUCAUGUAGAUCAUGUUUCCACACGUAAGAGCGCCGAUAUCUCGACUGCUUCUAAACAAAAAAAAUCGUAUGUCCAUAUACAUAUACAGAACCAUAUGUCGUCCCUUUAGUCCGAGACAUUUCAAACACCGAAGCUCAAGCUAUUCGUAAAUAAAUCUGUCUUGAUAAUCGUAGACCCAUUCUUUUUAAGAUUACGUGGCUGUAAACUAAUAGCACGAGUAUACAUAUGGCGAGAUCUCUUAAAGCAAAGGAUCGAGAGGUUGCAGUCACAGUCAGUCAGUCGGAAAGUGCAUGUGUUAAAAACGAAAUCGAUGCGGAUUAUUCAAGUAAAUGUAUUAAGUGAACGAUUAAAUAUUUACGCAACAUGGAAUACUUCGAGCAAGAGAAACGCGAACUCUUGGAGCAUGCCAAUAGAGUCACUACUUUGGGCGAAUGUUUUGCAUGGCUGCAACAAUGCAACGAGUGCAUCGAACAGCUCGAGGAACGCAAUCGUAACAAGCGUCCUCGGCUCACCGUGGGAAAUAGACAAUCUUUGAUGGCGAGGAUCAUGCAACUUGUUGGUGAAAAGACGCGAUUGCAAAGGCGUUUCAUGCACGUCGGCGGUAAUUACGCGGGCACUAGUGACGAUAGUGAUAACGUGGGACUUGAAUGGCACGAAGUAGAUGCGGCUUUCACUAGUCGUGUAUCAACUGGCGCAGUCAUCAAUAUCAAGCAUAUGGAACCUCGUCAGUUUCUCGACGAUGCCAAAAACAUUGUGCUCGAGCGAGUGCGAAACGCCAUACGAGAACGUAACAGUGUGAAGGUGAACGCCGCGUUUAACGGCGAAUUCGUAGCGGGUGAAAAACGUGGCGACAAAAGUGUGAAUACAAAAAAUUGCGUACUCUUUCAAACGUCGGACCUGAACGAAUGGUACGAGCGGCACAUUGUCGAGCCUACGUUGGCGUCGCUCGAGGAGUUUCAGGAACGUGAUAGCGGGUGGGCGCUGUCGCGAAUCUCAAAUCUGACUAUUAACAUAAACAAAUAUAAUCCUAUGCGCGCGGGAUGCUACAUCCAGCUACCGCGGGACAUUAUGCUGAAACAUGCGGUUAUUAACGUGAGGUCGAUGGACAAUGCGUGCUUUGCGUGGUCGGUGGUCGCCGCUCUGUAUCCCGCAGAGAGAAACGCGGAUCGGGAGUCAUCCUACCCGCAUUAUACGGCGGUCUUGAAUCUCGGCGACAUUGAGUUUCCGAUCGCGUUAAAGGAUAUUGGGAAAUUCGAGCGACUCAACGACAUGUCGGUCAACGUCUACGGCGUCGAGGGGAAGAAGAUUUUUCCGCUGCGACUCUCCGACGGCAAGAAGGAGAAGCACGUAAAUUUAUUAUACGUGCAAGGCAACGCGGACAACGUAGGGCAUUUUGCAUGGAUAAAGAAUCUGUCCCGACUUGUAAGCUCGCAAUUGAGUCGUCACGCAAGCAGAAAAUAUAUUUGCGAUCGGUGUUUACACUACUUCAGUUCCGCGGAAAAGUUGGACGCCCACGACGUAGUCUGCACAUCAUUGAAUAACUGCGCCAUACGAUUGCCGGGCGAAGACGACAAGUGGCUCCGGUUCGAGAAUCAUCGCAACAAGGAGCGACUUCCCUUCGUCAUCUACGCGGACCUGGAGUGCGUACUGCGGAAGACGGAACCGGAUACAGCCAACAACACGUCGUACACACACCAGCAUCACGAGGUAUUCAACAUCGGAUACUACGUGCGAUGUUCGUACGAUUCAUCGUUAUCUAUGUAUCGAUCUCGCCGCGGUAACGAUUGCGUCACGUGGUUCGCCGAACAGCUUGAAGUUAUAGCGCAUAAUGUAAACUACAUAUUAUCCGCCAAUGUCCCCAUGGUAGAUUUAACGCGAGACGAGUGGGUUAAAUUUUGUAACGCGACGCAUUGUCACAUAUGCGAAAAACCGUUCACUCAAGAUGACACGCGGGUACGCGAUCAUUGCCAUUUAACCGGUAGAUAUCGAGGUCCCGCGCAUUCCAAUUGCAAUUUAAAUUAUAAACAGUCGUUUUAUAUUCCGAUAAUAUUUCACAAUUUAUCCGGCUACGAUGCGCAUUUUAUUAUCAAGGAAAUAGCCACGGCGUUCGAGGGGAAAAUCGACUUACUUCCCAUCACAAAAGAAAAAUACAUUUCAUUUACUAAACACGUUCAAAAUGCAAGAGAUAAAAAUAAUCAGAAAAAUUGUGUGAAAUUGCGUUUUAUCGAUUCAUAUAAAUUCCUUAAUACUAAUCUCGACAAAUUGGCAUCGUUUUUGAACAAGGACAGACUCCAAAUUUUACAAUCUGAAUUUAAAGACGUAUCGGCUGAAAAUUUCAAUUUAUUAACGCGAAAGGGGGUAUUCCCGUACGAAUACGUUGACUGCGUCGAAAAGUUGGAGGAAACGUGUCUACCGCCACGCGAAUCGUUUUACAGCUCUCUAACCGGUGACACGAUAUCCGAGAACGAUUACGCUCACGCCGUUAACGUAUGGCAAUGGUUCUCCGUUCGAACUCUAGGUGAAUAUAGCGACAUGUAUCUCAAAAUUGAUAUCUUGUUGUUAGCCGAUAUUUUUGAAAACUUCCGCGACAAAUGUAUCGAAAGUUACGGGCUCGAUCCCGCCCAUUAUUACACGCUUCCCGGAUACACGUGGGACGCUAUGUUAAAGUAUACGAAAAUUACUUUCGAACUUCUUACAGACAUUGACAUGGUCAUGUUUAUCGAACGCGGUAUACGCGGUGGCCUUAGUCAAUGUUCCGGUAGGUACCCGCGGGCUAACAACAAAUACAUGAAUUCGUCGUACGAUCCACUGAAACCAUCGUCGUACCUGAUGUACUUCGAUGUGAAUAAUUUGUACGGAUGGGCGAUGUGUCAACCGUUGCCCUACGGCAAUUUUCGAUGGGUCGACGACAUGUCCAAUUUCGACGUAUCUUCAAUCGCGCUCGAUUCAACAACAGGCUACAUCCUCGAAGUCGAUCUCGAGUAUCCGCAGCAUCUUCAUGACGCGCACGCCGACCUACCCUUCUGUCCGACGCGCGAUAAGCCGCCCGGUACGCGUCAGGAGAAACUGCUUGCAACCGUUUACGACAAGAAGCGGUACGUCAUACAUUACCGUAACCUGCAGCAGUGCAUGCGCCACGGUCUUCGCGUAACACAGAUACACCGCAUAUUAAAAUUCGCGCAAUCUCCAUGGCUCCGUAAAUACAUAGAAUUAAACACACAAUUACGGACCCUCGCAAGAAAUGAUUUUGAAAAAAAUUUAUAUAAACUAAUGAACAAUGCAGUAUUUGGUAAAACCAUGGAGAAUGUGCGCAAUCGCGUCGCCGUGAAAUUGCUGACGAAGUGGGAGGGUAGGUACGGCGCGGAGGCAAUGAUCUCGAAACCGAAUUUCCAUAGCCGUAGCAUCUUUUCGGAAAAUCUUAUUGCCGUGGAGCUGCGUAAUCUCGAGGUGAAAUUCUGUAAACCGAUCUACGUAGGCAUGUGUAUACUCGAUAUUUCUAAAACAUGUCUGUAUGCAUAUCACUACGAGUACAUGCUGCCUCUGUAUAAUGAUAAAUGUAGAGUUAUGUAUACCGACACCGACAGCCUCAUUUAUCACAUCGAGUGUGAAAAUGUGUACGAAAACAUGAGGCGCGAUAUUCAUAGAUUCGAUACGAGCGAUUACGGUGUGAACAAUGCGUACGGUAUGCCUCUCAAAAAUAAAAAGGUACCAGGUUUGAUGAAGGACGAAAAUAACGGCGCUAUUAUGACCGAGUUCGUCGGACUUAGAGCAAAGAUGUACGCCUUGCGAGUCGACGGUAAAAAAGAUACAAAAAAGAUUAAAGGUAUAAAGAGUAACGUCGUAGCGCAUACUAUUGCAUUCGACGAUUACACGCGGUGUCUGCGAGACGAGAUCGAGAUGACGCGACAGCAAACUUGUAUACGGUCCAAGCUGCACGAGGUGUACACAAUAUCGGAAACGAAAAUUGCUCUAAGUCCGUACGACGAUAAGCGAUAUAUCGUGCCCGAUUCCAUCGACACAUUGCCGUGGGGACAUUACAAGAUACCAUUGUCAUAUAUGUAAU